UUUAUUUUCCUUGACCUGAAUUAGUACGUCUCUGUGGUACGAAAUUGGGAUGUGCGGAGGGUGGCUGUGGAGCAUGCACUGUAAUGGUGUCGCGAAUAAUUCGCCAAACCAAUACUGUAGUUCAUCUAGCUGUGAAUGCUUGCCUGGCUCCAGUAUGUUCUCUACAUGGAUUAGCAGUCACCACUGUUGAAGGAAUCGGAAGCACGAAAACAAAAUUACAUCCUGUCCAGGAGCGGAUAGCGAAAUCCCAUGGCUCGCAAUGUGGCUUUUGUACACCAGGAAUUGUAAUGUCAGUGUAUACGCUACUCAGAAAUUCUUCAAAACCCAAAAUGAAAGACUUGGAGGUCUCUCUUCAAGGAAAUCUUUGCAGAUGUACAGGAUACCGUGCUAUUAUUGAAGGUUUUGGUACAUUUACUGAGGAUUGGGAACAAAGUCGAAUCUCUAACGGCACUCCAAAUGGCACUACAUGUUCUCUUGGAAGCAACUGCUGCAAGAAUCGCCCUGCUGAAAACGAAGAAGAGGCAUUGUUUACUCCCGGAGAAUUCACUCCAUAUGAUCCUACACAAGAACCAAUUUUUCCUCCAGAACUGAAGGUAUUAUUUCAAAGGACUAUUUACAUUGUAUUUGAACAGUAUUUGGAAAAUCUCUUCAACACAACUAUGUUGAGAUACAUAUUGCAGCUUUUAUUUCAGUUUAUUUUCGUGUAG